AUGGCUGCCGCUCCUAGUCCAAACCGCGGCAUCGCCGUGUUCUCUGGUGGAAGUGCUGCGAAUAAUCUAGUUGAUGUUUUCAAUGCCCUCAGGGAAUCCAAAGAUUGCCCCUUGAACUAUAUCAUUCCAAUCAGUGAUAACGGUGGUUCAUCGUCAGAGCUCAUUAGGUUCUUCGGCGGACCCGGAAUUGGAGAUGUUCGAAGCCGGCUGGUACGUUUGAUUCCAGAUUCACCUGCUGAUCCAGAGCGGGCUGGUAUCAAAAUGUUUUUCAACCAUCGGCUUUCUUCGAAUGCUAGCAAGGCACAUGAUGAGUGGUAUUCCAUUGUCGAAGGAAACUCGGCUCUGUGGCAUGCUAUCACUCCUGCAAAAAAGGAGCUGAUUCGAUCAUUUCUGAACCUGCUUAAUCUUGAGAUCCUAAAGCGCGCAAGGCCUCCUUCGUCGACCUUUGACUUCACUUCUGCAAGUGUUGGAAACCUGUUCUUAACUGCCGCUAGAGUAUUCAGCGGGAGUUUUGAGAGCGCAAUUUACCUGCUCGCCAGCAUAUGUUCUGUUCCUAUUGAUAGUGUCCGGGUUAUUCCUGCCAUAAACUCCAACUUCUCCCACCAUAUAUCUGCCUCUCUCGAAGAUGGAACUAUAAUAGUUGGCCAAAAUAGCAUCUCACACCCAAGCGAAGCGUCCUCAAUACAACCAACACCCUCCAAUAGGCGCUCAAGCUUAAUGUUAGCAGACGGGGAUGACCCAAUUCUCGAACCAGAAGACCCGCUUUAUGAAGAAAGCCAUCUACCUGGAUCACUCCCGACAUUAAGGAACAAGAACAUUAACUUCAGUAAAUCAGCCAUUGAUGAGCUCCCUAGCCGCAUUUCGCGUGUUUGGUAUAUCAACCCCUAUGGCCAAGAAAUUCGGCCUCCUGCGAACCCCCGUGUACUCGAGGCGCUACGCUCGUCUCAGGCCAUAAUUUAUAGCAUUGGAUCCUUAUAUACAUCACUCAUACCUUCUAUUAUCUUGAGAGGGGUAGGCCGUUCAAUAGCAUCAGGCCCGGCACGACAUAAGAUCCUUAUUCUCAACGGGUCCUUGGACCGUGAAACCGGCCCAUCAUCCCAACCCUUAACAGCUUCUGAAUUUGUUGAAGCAAUUGCGCGCGCGGCAGAAGAAAGCUGCGGACGCAGACACCAAAGCUCAUUGUCAAGAAGACCGGGCGGUCCCAAUUUCAACACACCCCAGAUAUACACGCCACACGAACCAUACACGUCUUAUGUGACACAUAUCUUGCAUCUUGACGGACCGGGUACACCACAUGUGGAUCGAGAUCGCCUGAAUGAAAUGGGGAUCGAAUGUUUACGGCUAUAUGGGAGAAAGGUGUCGAACGACGAGGGGUGUGUAGUAGGGAUGAAGUAUGAUCCCAUUGCUCUUGUACAAGCCCUGGAAGUGGUACUGGGCAAGAAGGGAGAUGCCAUGGUAAGAGUUGGGCUGAGUGGUGAAAGAAGUAGAAGAAACACCAUGGAGGUCAUUGGGCGCAAGUGA